ACUUGGCAGGAUAACUAAUGAGUGAGAGCUGCAGGCUGGGAUGUCACGUCCUUGCAGAAACCAGGUUGUUCUGCGGGAGCAGGAGAGGCAGGAAGGGAUGGGAGCGGAUAGUCCCAAAAAAGACAGGUAGGAAGUGGUAGUGUGUAACUGCUAGGGAAUAUCUGCCUGUAGCAGUGAACAAAGGAGAGAGCAAGAGCAACGUCAGAGGGUCCCCUCUCACCCAGGCAGUCAGCUUCCUGCUGAUCCAUCUUCAUCUCCCGUUUUUGUUUCCACCUGGAGGCUACAAGCUUCCUAUCCUCUAAGAACCUCUGAUCCUUAAGGAGCAUCUACGUUUCUUCUCAAACAACAGCUGAAAGGCGAUCCUGUCCUCUCACCGCUCAGCUCUGGCUGACAGACCGUGCUCUGCCCUCCUGACCCCCGAGGACCGAAGUGGCUCACUCACCCAGCACAGCCCAGGAAACGCCCUCUCCUGCGGCCCAGACCUGUGAGGAAGCUGGCAGCUUUACACCAGCCAGUUCUGGGCAAGAUGACCACACUGACACGACAGGACCUUAAUUUUGGGCAAGUUGUUGCAGACGUUCUUUCAGAAUUUCUAGAAGUGGCCGUUCACCUUAUCUUGUAUGUCAGAGAAGUUUACCCUAUUGGCAUUUUUCAGAAGAGGAAAAAAUACAAUGUACCUGUCCAGAUGUCCUGCCACCCGGAGCUGAAUCAGUACAUCCAAGACACGUUGCACUGUGUAAAGCCACUGCUUGAGAAGAAUGAUGUGGAGAAAGUUGUAGUUGUAAUCCUGGAUAAAGAGCACCACCCAGUGGAGAGAUUUGUCUUUGAGAUCACCCAGCCACCUCUCCUUUCCAUUAGUUCGGAGUCCUUGCUGUCCCACGUGGAGCAAUUACUGCGUGCCUUCAUCCUGAAGAUCAGCGUGUGCGAUGCCGUGCUUGACAACAAUCCCCCAGGUUGCACCUUCACAGUUCUGGUUCACACACGGGAGGCUGCCACGCGGAACAUGGAGAAGAUCCAGGUGAUAAAAGAUUUCCCAUGGAUCCUCGCUGAUGAACAAGAUGUGCACAUGCAUGACCCCCGGCUUAUUCCACUGAAAACUAUGACAUCUGAUAUCUUGAAGAUGCAGCUGUAUGUCGAAGAACGAGCCCACAAAGGCACCUGAUUCCAUUCCUGCAAGCCUCGUCCAAUCUUCCAGUGGAGCAAGAUCUCUCACAAACCAUACCUUGAUAACCCAGUCUCUUCAGCUGGCCUUCUGGAUGAAUGUAGAGCAGCUGCUGCCUCUUUAUUUCAAGUGCUCUUACCACUGUAUAUAGAACUGACUUGGAAUGUGGAGCCAGAGCCUGUUCCCAUGUACGCUCGUGUGUGAGAGUGAGUAUAGGUUUCAUUACAGUGAAUCCCUGGGCGCAGGAUACAGCUGACUGCAGUGUGCAGUCAGUGCUUUGUACAAAUCCAGUUCUUGCCUUAAAUAGGGCAUCUCCAUUGCACAUUAGUAGUGAUAUACAGGGAUCUGUUGUAUACUCCACUAGAGCAAUGGUCUUAUACCAAGGGUGAGUGAGGCCUUAUGUAGCAUUUGUCCACUGUGACUGUCCCAAGUAGUCUUCAAUAAAUAUCAAGUUUUACCCCAGCUGAAA